GCUUGGUAGUGAGCUCAGUUACAGGCCAUUAUUUGAUUUUGUUUGUUGACGGUUGCGACAACGACAACGACAACGACAACGAUUCGAGUGUGCUGCUCGAUGCCAGCACCGUCGAUACGAAACGCAAAACGAGUUUGGUGAAACGAGUCCGAUAAUUUACACGCAAGCGUCGCCGCAGCAGCUACGGCAGCAACGGGAGCAGCUGCCGUAUUGGCAGCAUCGGUAGCAACACAACGGUAGCAGCGGCACCACCAGUAACAGUGGCUAUCACAAACGCAGAAGCGGUGGCAGUUAAUUGGCAUUCGCCUACUUGCAAAGCAUACCUACGCGUGGACGCGCAAUAACCCCGUCGCCAAAGUAGCACCGAUCGGUUCGGAGUGCAGUGAAUAAACCGCGGUCGCAUCAAUGUCCUAUCCGGUUCCGAUUGCCUGCGAGAUCUUACACUUAGCCGUGGAUUAAUUCGCAAGCCACACGCCACGUCGAAACGGUUCAAAUAAUAGCUUCAGCCUACAAGCCGAACUGGCGGAGCAGUACUGUGAAAUUGGGUGUGAAUUCGUACGAUCGAACUGCAAAAGUUUUGAAAAUUAUUUCAAAUUAUUGAAAAUGUAAAAACGAAUUUUUAUGCGAGUUCCAAGUGUGUUGUGAAUUGAGUUAAACAAAGGGAGAUUGUCUAAGUAUUUGAAAUCGUAUUUAAAUUCACAGCUAAAAGUGUCCAUGAGAAAUGAAGUGUGGUGUCCUUUCAUCAGCUGGAAAUCGACACAAUCGAUCCAAUUGAUUUUUUAUUGUGUUUAAUAAACUAAAUGGAAAUUUGUAAAGUUUUUGUGCUAUAAUUGACACAUGUAUGUAUGUAUGUGUGUAUUUUACAUUUAACUUCAAAUCGGCGUGAGAAGUUCGAGAGCAUAGCGGAUUUGUAGUUAUUGUUAUUGCUUUUGUUACACUUACCGCCGCUAAAAAUUGCAAAACAUUCGUGGCCUGGAAUAGUAUGCGAAUUUGUUCACAGUGGAUUCAACGAAUAAAAUGGCCGUUGGACCGACGGAGGGCAAGCAACCUCCCUCAGAGACAUUCUCGCCCACACACCAGAUUAUAGCACCGAGUCCGAUCUUGGCAGUGCCAACGCUCGCCUUCUCCGCCGCACAAGUGGAAAUUGUCUGCAAAACGCUGGAGGACUCGGGGGACAUAGAGCGUUUGGCGCGCUUCCUCUGGAGUCUACCGGUGGCCUUGCCGAAUAUGCAUGAAAUAUUGAAUUGUGAAGCCGUACUCAGGGCGCGAGCGGUUGUUGCGUAUCACGUCGGAAAUUUCAGGGAGCUUUAUGCAAUAAUAGAAAAUCAUAAAUUUACAAAAGCCUCUUAUGGCAAAUUACAAGCAAUGUGGCUCGAAGCCCACUACAUUGAAGCGGAAAAAUUGCGCGGCCGAUCACUAGGUCCUGUGGAUAAAUACCGAGUGCGAAAGAAGUUCCCUCUACCACCCACGAUCUGGGAUGGUGAACAAAAGACACAUUGCUUUAAGGAGCGAACGAGAAGUUUGCUGCGUGAGUGGUACCUUCAGGAUCCGUAUCCGAAUCCGACAAAAAAGCGUGAACUAGCGAAAGCAACCGGCCUCAAUCCAACUCAAGUGGGGAACUGGUUCAAAAACCGGAGGCAGAGGGAUCGAGCUGCUGCUGCCAAAAAUAGAAUACAACAUAAUCAAAAUAAUUCUGGACUCAUUUGCCGCAGUCGGCGACCGGAGGGAGCACCAUCCCCGAUAGCAUCAGAUACAUCGGACUCAGAUAUUUCACUGGGCACCCAUUCACCUGUUCCUAGUAGUAUUCAGCUACAGCAUAGUCCUGGCUCCACAUCGAACGGUGCCAACGAUCGCGAAGAGAGUCUCAGUGUCGAUGAUGACAAGCCGCGCGACUUGGCCACCUCCAUUGCGGCUAGUAAUUUGGUAGCAGCAUCCACAUACGCCACAGCCACACCAUUAUCCACCUGCUUGCCACCAUUCAAAUUGGACACAGCGACCAGUCUCUUCAAUGCCGGUUGUUAUUUACAAAGUUUUAGUAACCUCAAAGAAAUGUCUCAGCAAUUUCCCAUUCAACCGAUCGUCAUUAGACCACAACCACAAUUGCCGGCGCAGGCGCAUGGCUUGAAUGGCAGUCACCUGCAUGCCGCCAUAAACUAUCCGCCACCAGGUUAUGCGGUGGAUUGCACACCACCGAAAAUACGUGUCAAUUCUCCAGAAAAACUGAACUCGACAGCCAACAGCAUAGCGGCUACCUUAAGUACCGUGGCGGCGUUGCAGGACACCUCGGCAUAUCAGCAUCAUCAUCACAGCGCCCAGCUCUUGCAUCGACCAUUCUCCACGUCACCGGAUUUGCCGCUCAACAACCACAAUGCCGCACCGCCGGAGAUCACAUGAUAUACCAGCCGUAGGCACCCAUACAAGCACUAAUACUAGGCACCACUUCAAUUAGUAGAUCUUCGCUCUCGCUCUCUCUCUCUCUCAACAGAGGCACACAAGUUUGCAAAAUCCAAAUAAGGGUUGUUAUAUUGAAUGAAUCUGGCAUUUUAGAGAGCCAGUCAAAAAUUUCACAAUGAAUUAUAGUUUUCGGCAAGCGAAUAGUUUACGCCUCUUUCAGACAUCAUAGUUUAUACAUAAGACUUUUAUUUUUCAUUUCAAAAACUCUUGUUCGAUUCCUCCAGAUUUUGGAUGGUUUACACAUUGUAGCACAUCGCACUAAAGCUGACUGUAAUAAUCUGGUUUAUACAUAUAUGUAUGUACAUGGGUGCUCUCUGACUUUCCCUCCUCGUUAAGGUUUUGUCACUUUCAUGUUUCACUUGGCUAACGGUUUUAUAUACAGAGGAGUGGUACUUAGAUGGUUCAGUUUUCAUAAAUUAUUUUUAUCUAUCAAUUUGAUUUAUGGAAAUUAGCGAUAUUUUGGAUAUUCCGGCCAGCUUAGUGACUUGAAACCAGAUGGAGUAGUAAUUGAAAAAAAAAUAUAGCUUCUUGAAAUAAAAAAUUUCUUCGGAUAAUACAUGAAUCAUGAAUAUGAAAACCAUUUGUUAGAAAUGCAAGUAUUCGUAAGAUGUAUAACUUCAGUUCUUGAACUAACUGAGUUGUAGCGAAUUAUAAUAAUUAUCUUUGUACUCCACCAGGUUCGAAAAGUUCCAUUUAUUUACAACUUUUUGUAAAACAUUUUCACAAAAGUUUUGUGAAAGGCAAAAUUAAUAUGUAGAAUCUUCCAAAGAUAUACUUCAGGAGUCUCUGAGUAUAUCAUCUUCUCUGUCACGUUUCACAAAAUCUUUCUUCGGACCUUCUUGUCCGUAAUUAGGAUUGCAUUGUUGUUAUCACAUUCACAUAAUUAUUUCAAGAAUGUUCCUCGCAUGUUAUUUUUUAUAUGACAAAUUGAAUUUUAAUGCUGAUUAUUUCGUCUGAAACAAUAAAAUUCCCGUGAAAAUGUUUUCUGGCCUUAAAGUUUAGAAACAUAAGUAUGUCUGAGUGUUGUUGGAAGUUCCACAGACAUUAUCCGUGUUUUGAGACUUCAAAAAUAUAUAUAAAUUAUUUCUGCAUAUCACAUUUGGUUUCAUACGCACAUUGACUUUUAUAUGUAGUCUAUUUCGGGAUUUAAAAACCAAAACAAAUUCAAUCAUCGAAAAUCGCUUUAUUGUUUUUCAAAAUAUUCUCCACUUUGCCACUCUGAUCGAGGUAUCUUAAAAACAUGCGUUUUGAACGCAUCAAUCGCUUCUUCCGGUGUCGAACCUAUUAGUUUAUCUUUUAAAUACAUGAAUGAAAGGAAAUCAUUCGGCCCUAAGUCAGGAAUAUACGCUGAAUGACUUAUCAAAUCGACAUUUUGAGUGCUCCAAAAUGCAGUCGUUUCAGUCAAAUGUUCAUGCAGUAUUGAAUGUAUGCUGGUCCCACUAAUGCCUAUAGUUGUCUCUAACUCACGAAAUAUAAAGACAACCUACGUACCCGCCGAAAUAUUUUUCUUAUAGGCUUUAAGUCUAAGGAUACACUCCUAGCUAGAUCUCUAUUUAGCCAACCCCUAACAGCGCCAUUUUGGAUUUCACUGGCUUUACCGAUGAUAUUGGUUAUGUUUCUUGUCUUUCCUCAAAUAAUUCCGUUAAUUCGGUUGCGGUGAAAGAGUCAGAGUAAGUCGGCAGUGGGUGUAGUGCAAAGAAUUCCGGAAAUAACUGCAAACAACCGAACAAUUAUUUUAAUUUUAAAAGAUGAACAAACUGAAGUUGUUAAUAACUCAGCUGCGGGUAGUGACCUAAGAUAAAUCUGUGAAUAUACCCAUAGGAGAAUAGAGCAAUUUAAGCAAAUUUUUGUACAUUUUCCGGUGCAAAUAAGUACAUUAAACACAGACAACAAUCCAAAUGAAUAAAAAAUUACGCGUUUUCCACUCCGCGUUUAUUGCUCUAAUAUACAU